CCCUGUGGUGCUUGUUUCAGCGUGAUCAGUUUCUGAAUCAAAAGUUGAGGCUGUGGUGGCUGGCUGUCUCAAUGCAUCAGGUGUGCAUGCAAAGAAGCAGGGGGGGAAGAGGAACAGCAACCAGAUGAAUGAGCUGCGCAGCACAGGACGUGAUAGGUCAGCAGGACUAGAAGAAGAAGAAGAAGAAGAAACAGCCUUUAUUGUCCCACAGAGGGGACAUGCUGUGUCUAUAAAGAUGUCGAGACCUAAGAACAGCCUCUGGAGGGAGAUGAACUUGUAUUAAUUAUCUGGAACUGAACGAUGAUGUAAAUAAGCGUUACCACUAGUUUCUCUUUGGAUUUAUACAUAAGGGUUAUCUUUCUUUCUGCAGGACCAUGACUGGCAAGCAAGGGAGACAGUGGCGGUCCAUGUGCAAAGGCCUGAUCCUGGGGACCCUUCUGACCAGCUGCAUGAUCCUAGUUUACUGUGUCUCCAACCCACAGGUCCACUUCAGCGUCCCUGAGGUUCCAGUGCCUUAUUCCUGCGCCCACCGUCCAUCUCAGUUCCACCCCAAACUAAUCAAGAACAGUUCAGAAAAAUACACCGCCCACCCCUGUGUUCCUAAAGUUGAUAUAAUGUUUUUGAAGACCCACAAAACAGCCAGCAGCACCUUCCUCAACAUCCUUUUCCGCUUUGGGGAGAAACACCGGCUCAAAUUUGCCUUCCCUGACAGCAGAAAUGACUUCUUCUAUCCAUCUUUUUUCCAGCGCUCCCAGGUUAAAGACUACAAACCUGGAAUGUGUUUCAAUAUUAUCUGUAAUCACAUGCGCUUCAAUGCACCUGAAGUGGCCAAGUUGCUACCUGUGGACACAUCCUACAUCACCAUCCUGCGAGACCCUGCAGAGCUUUUUGAAUCCUCCUUCCACUACUUUGGCCGCCUGGCGCCUUUUACUUGGAAGAUACCAGGUGAUGACAAGCUGACUGAGUUCCUACUUCACCCCCAUGAGUACUUUGAUCCAGGAGGCUUCAACUCUUACUACCUCAAGAAUCUACUGUUUUUUGACUUUGGACUGGACAACUCUCUGGAAGUGGAUGAUCCGCAAGUGGAAGAAGGAAUCAAGUUCAUUAGUGACCGUUUUCAGCUGGUUAUGUUAGUGGAAUACUUUGAGGAAUCACUUAUCCUGUUAAAGGAUGCCCUCUGCUGGGAGAUGGAUGAUUUGCUCUUCUUUAAGCUCAAUGCCCGUAAGGGAUCCACUGUGUCUAAACUUACUCCUGAGCUGAGGGCCAGGGCCCUUGAAUGGAAUGCUAUUGACUGGAAGCUAUACCAGCAUUUCAAUCAAACUUUCUGGAAGAAAGUAGAUGCGUACGGGCGGCAGCGCAUGGCUGCAGACGUGGCAGAGCUCAAGAAGAGGAACAAGGAGAUGGCAUCUAUCUGCAUUGAGGGGGGCCAUCCUGUGGAAGCUGCCAGCAUCCAAGAGACAGACAUGCAGCCCUGGCAGCCAAUUGGAGAAAAGUCUAUCAUGGGGUAUAACUUAAAGAAGAAUUUAGACAAAGCACAUUGGAAGCUGUGUCGCAAGAUGUUAAUGCCUGAGAUUCAAUACUUAACAGAGCUUGGAGUGAACCUUUGGAUCACCAAGCUGUGGGGCCAUGUCCGAGAUAUCAUUAACUGGUAACUGUGAGCAUGAGGGGCCAAUUCAAAUCUGAAACACUGUAUUAAGAAAUCUGACUGCAUGACUGACAGGCUGAGAGGUUAAAAAUCUGUCACAUUUUCUGUCUCGUUGCUUGUUUGCAUUAUAUAUGAUUAUGCACCUUUUCUGUGUACAUGAUGAGAGCUUGAGAAAAAGAAUUGCCCUCACUGUCUACAAAUACAUAAUCAAUUUACUAUAUGCAGCUGAGGCUUAGUAUUCUUCACUGUGAGUCACUUUUCAAAUGUUUCAAUGUUUUUCCUCUCAGAUGUCAGCUUGUUCUAAUGGAUUACUCUGGAGAACUAUGGAGUUCUGGAUUUAGAUCUAGAGCACUUUUGUGGAUUUAAAAAAAAAAAAAACCUCUUUCCAUCCCUGAGAAACCUGUGGGGGUUUUGAAAACAUGGAAAGAACAUUAGUUGGUUUGAAAUAAAUGAAGUCUUUGGUGUCCAUCGGAUAAAAUACAUGUGAAAAUACAAAAUGUAUGUAAGCUUCUGUCUGUGGAGGACAAAAUCAGCCAUAAAUUAAAAAAAAAAAAAUGGGGGAACAAAUAUAUGCCUUUGUCAUGGCAUACUUUUUUUUUUACUUUACAGUUACCAGCAUUAACUCUCAGUUUACUCCAGAGUCCCAUCAGUGCUACUUCUAAAUCAAAUAACCAAUAGUGUUAUUAACUAUAAAUGUGCGUCUCCAACAUGUCUGUCAUGAAAAAUGUCUAAUAAAUAAAAGCAAAGGAAACAAUAAAUCAAAAAGCCAUUACAAAACUAUGCAAUCAGCAGUAAAAAAAAAAAAACUUUUUGUUUUUGUUUUGUUUAUUGCACAUGGAGUUUUUAUAACAUAAAUCUUGAGUUUCCUGCUGUAUCAGUUUCUUUUCUUCACGUGGGAGCUUUACUCUUUAGUUUUUGUUUUUCAGUAUGUAACAAUGUGCUGCUCUGGCCAGUUGUUUUGGGCAGUGUACUGACAAUGGACUGGUACUUGUGUAGUGAGCAAAAAAAAAAAAGCUAAAGCAUUUGUCUGCCUAAUAAGGUGAAUCCUACCUAAUAGUGUUAAACACCACUCACAUGCGUUUAUACAACCUUGCUAUCAGAGCCACUUAAUUUUUUAUUUUUUUUUUGUUAAUGCUCUAUAUCACUUACUUAUUUAUGUAAAUUCACCCAUAAUAUUUAUUCAGUAUUUGUUUGAAUUCAGUGUUGUUCCUUUUUUGCAUUUUUGGCCACAGCGGCUUUUGUUAGCAGUGGAGAGAGACAGUAAAUGGGGGAAAGAUACAGGGGAAGACACGCGGGCAAAUUGCGCCCCACCGUAUGUGGUCGCCUGCUUCACCACUAAGCCACCCAGGCACCCUAAUGUUUUGCAUUAUUAAUGGGUUUGUCGAUCUUGUUUAAUUAAGCUGAAAUUUCCUGAUUUUGUCCUCCAUACAAUAAUUUGUUGUUACUAGCAAUAUAUGAUCAAUCUUAUUCUCAGAGUAAAUUGAAAUGUAAUAUCGCUUAUUUAAAAUGAUCAUUUCAUUAUGUUGAGUUUCCUCUCUGUGACAGUCUGUUUCAUUUUUACUGCAAUAUGUGUGCUAAGAUGCAUGACUGCCCUGGGUGUAUUGUGUAUGGAUGUACAUGACCUCCCAGCAUCUCUGAAUUAAAUGGGUUAAGAUAAGUGACCAUACUGCAUCAGCCUUUUGGGAGUGAAUAACAGUUCACAAUUGUCCUGUUAAAAUUAGCAUAUGUGCCGAUGAUGCCCCAAAAUGGUAGCAGUUCCACACUUACCCAUUAAAGCAUUUAUUUUGAUGAUCAGUGUUAGAAAAUCGU